CGUCCAUUCCUCCACACAACAAAAUUUUUUCAAAGGUCCCUGUCAUCUUUUCAAUUUUUCCACCCCUUAUUUACAUUUUUCUAAUUGCUAGUCAACGACACGAAUAAUAUGCUUUAAACUUUCAUUUUUGUUUCAGCUUUAAUAAUUUCAUUCACACUUUCAAAAAAAGGCAUCAUUAUCCCAAGUCAAUUAUUAUUUAUUUUCAUUUACAACCCAUCUUUUUCUUUUCACCUUUUUUUACUAUCGUUGCAGUUUAUUUAUUAAAAAAGCAUUUUUCAUCUUUCUCCAUUAUUAUUACUGUUUGCUUGUACUCUUCUUUUUCCACCCUCUGUUUUUCCUUCGCGUGAGGUUAUCUACAUAAAGAGGUUACUUUUCAAUCUUUUAUUUUCUUCCUAUUGCAUACGCAUCUUUCUUUUCUCCUUUUUUAUUUACAUUAACACCACACAACAAAAAAACAAAUGUCUGCUUCGGUUGAAGAGAGCUGGGUGGUAGUCGACAAGACGUCAGGCGGAUCUUUGCGGGCAAAGGCCAGCCAUGAGUCGCUAUACCUCAGCGACAACGAAGGCACAACCACGACGAAGCCGCGCGUGCACAUAAAGGCAUCCACUAGCGACAAGCCCGCAAGCGACCAACACGCCCCCGAUACAGCCUCAGGUGGAGGAGCGACCCUGGCGCCGGAGCUUCUUGAAUGGCUCAGUAACGCAGCCAAUGAGUCCUCAUCCGCCCUGCCGCUUUCCAACAACCGCGACUCGUCGGUUUCCGGGAGGUCGUACCGGACUAAUAGCAGUUCGGCCGGGAGCCAGCAGCGUAAGCCACGUCGGUCCAGCGUACAUGCCACUACGGAGGUUUCCGCUGGGGUGGCUGCUGGUGGCAGCAGGAAUAGCGCGCAGAGCUUUGAUGGGUUUGAUCAGUUUAACGAAGGCAUGUUUGUCGUCAAGGUCUUGGAGGUUAGACAGGUCGGCGCCACAAAACCUAUGAAUCUGCAGUGUGUUGCGCAAAUUGGCGAGGAGCGGUUUGUCAUUCCGCCCGUGACCAGCAAGCCCAAAAACUACAACACCUGGUCAUCCAAGAUGGACGACACAUUUGUGUUCGACGUCAGCCGGCAAUUCACCUUCAACCUCGGUGUCUACGGCACGCAGCCGCACCAGCCGCGUAAUCGCACGACAGCAGGAGCCAUUAGCAGCCGUGUCUCCAUGGUUUCGCGUCGCCACCUCGGGCGCAGCACAGUGGCCAGUGACUCCAACCCCUCAUUGAUGUCCAAUAGUUCGACGCGCACGUCGGCGAAGAUCAAGGCUGGAUUCCGCAAGAUCUUCCGCAACAAGAAUGGCACAGACACUCCCCCAAUGAACCCGGUUGGUGGCGCUGCUGAGGCCGCGUACAUGGGGUAUGCCGCACAGGCACCUGUGCCGACGACGGUUGCGAGUAACCGGAAUAGCAUUAUGCCUGCUUGCGAUGAUCCGGCGCUAAUCGUCAACAAUGACUGCGUGCAGACUGAGGAGACCACAGAUGAGAUGGGCAGGUCGAUUGAGGUGCAGAAGUACAGGGCGUCGGUUAUCGACCCGCUCGGGGACCAGUGCAUUCUGAGCAUGGGCGCAGGCAUCUCGAACUCCAACCUCCAGCAGCAGGGCAGCUUCCCCGACGCUAUUCCCAGCCAUAUGCACCAUCCGGCGCUGGCGCGUCUCUCCACAUACCUGCCGCGCGGCCGCGCCGGCACCACGACAUCUGCGCAUGAGAUUAACUACAACGGGCCGCGGCUCCGCGCCUUCUCCAAUGCCUCAACCAUCAGCUCGACACCGCAGCCCCUGGGCGAGCUCUACCUGGACUUCAAAGUCGACCGGCGUGAAAAGCGCCGCGCCACUUUCACCCUCCCGGUAGUCAACCAGGACCAAGUGGCGAUGCGCGGCGGGUCGCAUGUCGAAAUGAUGGUUGUGCUGGAAUACGGCAUCAUUGUACAUGAGACUUGCGACGAGCGCAUGGCGCGGAUGAAGCGCGAGCAGCAGCGCGAGGAGGCCGACCGCCAGCAGAUGGCGCAGCAGAUGGUGCAGCAGCAGUGGGUCAAGGUAGACGAGCAGGAUAAGCUUCCACGGAUGCGCGGAUACCUCAGUGUCUUCACCCGCAGCGGUCAAUUCUCUACAUGGAAGCGCUACUGGGGUGUUCUUAGCAGCGCCCGUGUGUUAUUCUACGAGUCCGAGAGUGAUGAGAAGAAGGGUGUGCAGCCGGUGGCUAAGGUGUCCUUGAUUCACUUGUAUGAUUCUGGUGUGCCGGAGAGCGACUUGGUGAAUAUUGGCCCAACUGGGAUUGAACUGCGGUUGUCGCCGCUCGCUAUGACUGAUCGUCAUCGCCGCCAGAGCACUUUCCCGCGCAAGUCCUUGGGCGCCACAGCUGCUGCUAACCAGAGGCGCGCCCAUGCGGCCGCUGCCAUUGAUUCUAUGCCUGUCCCAGGCAUGCGUAACAUGCGCAUCUCCAACCAACAGCAGCAGCGCGACGAGGAUUACGACAUCAACCGCACGCUGACCAACGCUCCAGCCGGACUGAACGAGCCAGAAUCACCGGGUGUUGCUGCCAAGCUUCCCAACGAAGAGGAAGACGCCACAUUGUACAAGUACAGCGACUGGCAGUGCCGCGUCUACCUCAUGCUGGACACCUUGGCGGACCGCGACAUGUGGCUCAACGAGCUGGUCGCCAGCACUGUGCCGAGCGCAGAGUUUGCUCGGUUCCGCGAGCGUCAGCGCAAAAUGUGGAAGACGGCGGAGUUCGAGCAUGCCACGGAGUCAUUGCGCCAGUCUGGCAAGCAGCUGCAGAUGGUAGCCGCCCAGGCGCUGUCUACGAUGUCGGCAGCGCACAAUGAUAACGCAAAGAAGGUGUUCACGGACUCUGUCGGCCGCCGCGUCGGCCCCGUGUCCCUCGUCCUUGCACCCGCUGCUGAGCAGGACUUUAGCGGCGCCACGCUGACAAACUCUGCCACCUUCAACUAUACCGCAGCCGGUAACAAUGGUGGCAGCAAGGUUAGUGAUAACAAAAAGCAGCAGCUGCUUGAUGCCAAUGUCUGUAGAACCGUGGCCAUGGCAUUUGGCAAACCAGCGACCUUCAGUUUGUCCGUUGUACCGCCUGCCGGAAGCCUCAUGCAGGCGGCGCAGAUGCCGGCGAAGAAGAAGUUGCGUGCCCGUCGUCGUUCAAGCAGCGUCGCGGAUCUGCGCAAGAGCUACGAUACGAGUGAUACGCUGAACGGUGGUUACUCAUCGGACGAUGAUGUUAGGCAAGCUGCUGUUGUUGCUUCGCCACCUGCGCUUUAUAGCAGGCAGUCAAAAUUGUCCAAGAUGUCUCGCCGCGAGUCGGCUGAUAGCAUGAUGGUCGUAGAGGUUGUGGGCGAGGCUAUGGAGCGCCGGGCGGGCACAGUUAGUCGCCGCUUCCUUUUUGUCUGGAAUGUCAAUGUUAUUUAAGGAAAAAAGCUGUAAUUUAUGAUAAUGCCCGCAUUAUUUAAUUUUUUCUUUCCUUUUUUUAUAUUUUCAUUGCACAUUUUGGCAUUUUCUCGAUUUAAUUAUUUUCACUUUUCCACUUUUCCCACUUUUUUUUUUCAAAAACUAUUAAAAACAA